UCUCGUAAAAUCCCAGUGAGGCCGGAGAACCGAGAGGGAGCGUGCGCACAUUUUUCGCUCCGGCCUUCGCGACCUUGUAACUCCUUUUUUUAAAAUCGCAAGUGCAGUGUGACAGCGCGAAUAUUAUGUGAAAUAUUAUUUUUUGGUUCUCUGAAAAGGUCUUCCCCCCCCGAAUGCCACUGUGGUCCUACCUCAUCGAUUCGGCCAACCUGUGCUCUAUAAAUUUACGAAUAAAGCAAGAGAAAUUCAAGUUGACAGUAAAAAGGGGAAAAGGAGAAAGAGAGGAAAUACGAGGUCAGUUCUGAGGUUCAGUGUCGAAGUGGUGUUAUUCUGAUCGUAAAAUCCAAUAUUCCACUGGUCCCAUCGCAAAACCACGAUGAUGAUGAAGCUGACUAGUGCAUCGCUGAAAAGUACACAAAUCUGAAAAAAAGAAAAAAAGGAAAAUAAGGAAAAUAAUAAUAAUAUAGAUAUCUCAUAAGAAUAUAUAUAUAAAUAAUCUUACCUCAGAACAUCAGGAGAAAGAAGCAAUUUAAUAUAAAAAGAGAGAGAAAGAAAUCAUACCGCCCCCCCUUUUCCCCAUUCCAAAUAAAAGAAAAGAAGAAAAAUAAAUCAAUAAAAUAGCCCAAAAAUUAUACCCCCCACAUCCUUUAAAAAAAAUCACAAAAAUCACACACCAGCAUGGAAAUGGCGAAUGACUUACAAUAUACCAAAAUGGACAUGGCAAAUGACCUCCUGUGUUGCGAAAACGCCUCGGCCGAUCUAGACAGUAAGUGCAAAGCGUACUUCGAUCCCGUGCUCCUUAAGGACGACAGAGUGUUAUUAAAUCUUUUGAACCUCGAGGAAAAAUAUAUGCCCAACUCCAGCUACUUCUCGUGCGUACAGACCGAUGUGGAUCCGUACAUGCGGGAGGCCACAGCCCACUGGAUGCUGCAGGUGAUGCCCGGUUCACGUCGAACCCGCCGUCGAUGGUGGCAGCGGCGGCGGUGGCCACGGCGGUGCAGGGCAUGCUGAUCCGCGACAGCGACGGCGGCGCAGCGGCGACGGAGGCGGCGGCCCUGGCGGCGGCGCCCGUGCCCGUGGGCGGCAGCAAGGCAAGGGGCCCGUCCACCACACCGCAGCAGUACAUGCAGGAGCUCUACCACAGUCUGCAUGCCAUCACGCAGAUCGACACCGACUGCCUGAAGGAGUGCCACCGCCAGAUCGAGAUCUGGACGCAGUCGAACGCGGAGUCGCUGUCCACGUCCACGUCCACCACCCCGACAGACAUGCAGGAGGUCAUGUUCUGACGGCUGUCCCGACCCGCCGACCACUUCGCGAACCCUCGCCGUCACCCCGAGCCGUGGGCCGGGGGGGACGAGGACCCCCUGGGGCCCCGUGGGGUCAGCCCCAACACUGCCACAUCCUGCAGUCGGUGACCAGAGGCCUCGGAAACCUCCUCGCAGCACCGACACCCCCGGCGCGGCUGGCGCUGCCCGCCGGUGUUGGCGUGGGGGCCGCCGCCCCCCCCCGGGCGGCCGCCCCCACCACGCCUUUCAUGUGCACAAGCUAGUCGGGUCGCUAAUUUAUAUCGGAUAAACAUUGACAUAAGCUACUGCUGUUGCUACCGCUGCUCCUGGCAACCGUUCCAGCACGAGCACUCCCUUCCACUGACGUUCCGGGCCCAACCGCCAGGCGCUCGCCCCUCGCGCCGCCGCCGCGCGGGGCCCGGCUGAGCCGAGAGCGCCGCCUGCGGCCCCGGCGUCGCGCGUGCGCCCGGGGCACUGCGCCGACAGCGACCUCAACGCCGGCUGAGAUCGCCACUGCCUUCGGAAUAGCCAAGGACUCCAUGCAUUUGUCUGAGGACUUCCUGUUCGUUAGGGGGACCAAGAAGCCACCUGCCCUGAGGGCCUCCCGCGCCGCCGCAGCGGAGGCCGAGUGACGCUUGCCGCAGCCGCAGGCGAUGGGAGGCGCGUGUGCGACGCCAGACGCCUCAGGCGCAACGGGCACCAAAACUGUGAUUCCUUUUUUUACUAAUACUUACAUUAUACACACACAAAGAAAAAAAAAUCUACAAAAAAAUAUGAAACUGGAUUGUCAGACUACGUAUUAAGAUAAAUUUCGAUGUGAUAUAACAUUAGAGUGGAACUUAAGGUUAAGGUCAGUUGACACGUAGGAUAGGAAGAGGCGCGAGGGAGGAGGGAGCUUCCGUCGCGUCUCGGGCGGAAGGAAGGAAGGAAGGAAGAAGGAGGCGCCGCGGGAGAGAGCGAACGGCGGUCGGGCAUCCGGCCGCGAAAUCAGCGCAACCGGAUGCCUCUCCUGUUCUUUUUUUUUGGCUUUGCUUUGUUUUAGAGUUGGAGAGAUUCAUUCGUAGCGAGACCAAUCAAUUUCCUCCGUUUUCCUCUCUCUCCUUAUAUGAAAUAUUCAGUUGAGGAUUUUAAACCAAAUUUCAAGCAAUUUUUUUUUUUUUUGCGUCCGUUCGUUCUCACGCCGCAGCGCAUCUUCAGUGUUCAAAAAAAAUGAUUUGUAUGUUAAAAUGAGUUGCCUAUAGAUGUCCCCCUCCUCUCUGCCCCCUCCCCCAGCCGCACCCCUCUCCUUAUAGUACUAAUUCACUCUUACUGUCUUUUCCCGCGAGUUAAGAGUCUAUGCAACAGAGCGCCGCAGUGAUUGUCCACUGAGCCAUCUUGCACUCUGCGGCCUUUGUUUACGUAGGGGAUACGUGCUUAGCUCACUCCUAUUUAUGAUCGUCUCUAUUUAAAAUAUAAAAAAAAUACGAAAAAAAAACUUAUUUAUGCAUGGCUCAGCUUUCUAUUGGGAAUAUGAGAAUAUGGGUCAUUUUACACAUAGAUUUUGUUUGUUUGUUUUUUGUUUUUCUUUUAUUUUUUACGUACAGUACAUGAGCUUGUUGAUGCUUUUCAACAUUAUAUUUCGCAAGGCGGAAAGUUUUUUUUUUUUUCUUCAAUUUUAAUUUCGUUAGUGGAGAUUGAUUUUUUAUUUCUUUUUUUUCCUUUUCCUCUUUGAUAGAAGCGGAUUUCUCUCUCUCUCUCUCUCUC